AGGCAGUCUUGAUUUUUGGGCGUGGCUAUAUUUGUCGCAUUGGACAUAAAUUUUUUUUAAUUUUACCUUCGCCUCGGUUAUAUAGGAGGAAAUAUCUUUUAUUUGAAUUAAAAUUCUUAUUAAAUGUGUCUAGGUAAACAAUAUCGUUUAAAAUCGAAAAAAAAAUGUAUAAUUUGAGACUCCCCGUAUAAUUUAAGUGUUAUAUUCAGUACUUUAACUAUAGUUUUGGGAUAUUUACGAGUUUUUAUAGCAAUUUCGAAUUUGACAUUUCUACUGAUUGAAUUGAAAUUUUUUUCUCAGUGUAUUGUCAUCGUCCCUUAAAAAAUUUGAUUUAUAUGUGUGAAAUAAGUAAAAAAAAAACAUAAUAAAAGUAUAUUAAAAAUAAAAAAUAUAAAAUUCGCCGGUUUCGAGUAAUAAACCAACAUACGAAUACGUGGUUUUCGAUCCCGCCAUCGAAAUGAGUAGAAGGGAUCUGCAUCUAUAAAGAAAGACAAUCAGCCGCGAAGAACCCAGUAACUCGUAGUACCGCUAAAGAAAAUAGUACCAUGAAGAGAUUCGCGUGUUUGAUGGUGCUCAGUGCACUCUAUUCAACUGUUCACAGCCAAGAAAAUUUCAAAUGCCCCGACGACUUCGGUUUUUACCCCCACCAUAUCUCCUGCGAUAAAUAUUGGAAAUGUGACAACAAUGUAGCAGAGUUGAAAACUUGCGGUAACGGUUUAGCCUUCGACGCAAGUGAUUCUAAAUUCUUGACUGAAAACUGUGAUUAUAUCCAUAAUGUAGACUGCGGCGACAGGUCUCAACUAGAGCCUCCAAUAAGUUCGCCCCACUGUGAUAGGUUGUACGGUAUAUUUGCUGACGCUACCAAAUGUGACGUAUUCUGGAAUUGUUGGAACGGUGAAGCCUCCAGGUACCAGUGUUCCCCUGGUCUUGCGUACGACAGAGAAGCCCGAGUGUGUAUGUGGGCCGACCAAGUGCCAGAAUGUAAAAACGAAGAAGUUGCAGGUGGAUUUGUAUGCCCUGCUGCAGGGGAAAUAUCGAACGCCGGAUCUUUUUCAAGACACGCACACCCAGACGAUUGCAGAAAAUAUUACAUCUGCCUCGAAGGUCAAGCUAGAGAAUACGGUUGUCCCAUCGGUACCGUAUUCAAAAUCGGCGACGCCGAUGGUACCGGUAACUGCGAGGACCCAGAAGACGUACCUGGAUGCGAAGACUACUACGGCGAUUUGGAUCUGAAGAGCAUCCGCAAGAGCGAGCUUUUGGCAGGUCUUCAAAGCAACGGCGCUUCGCGUCCCGCAACUAACGCGGCCCCCAAAAAACCCAGACCUGCACCUGCGUCGCGUAACGCGCCCGAAUCACCGAACAACAAUUAAAUUUUAAACUACUAUUUUUAAAUAAGUAGAUAGUCGGAAAUGGAAGCCCUUCAUAAGGGCUCGUUAGCUUUGAUUUUCUUAUCUAAUACAUAAUUUCAAACUUUAUAUUUCUAUAAAUAAAAGUAGUUCAUUUAACAACCACGUUCGUCGACGUCAAAUAUGACAUUUGUCAAGUUUUUUCCGAUAUUUAACGUCAAAUGUCAUAUUUUUCUCAUAACCUCAAAUCAGAAGUAAAUAAAUCUUCAUUUUUGCCAUUUACGUAGCAUUCAAGGUCAAUUAUGUCACGUGAUAUGUCAAUUUACCCACUAUAUUCUCUAGUCUUAUCAACCUUCUAUUAACGAUGUUUUUAUUCACAAAAAAUUAGUAUUUUUAUACAUUUCCCUUUCUACAUUCACAUAUUUAUUACUAUAUUUUUAAAAAAUUAAUAUUUUCCAAUUUUCAAAAUACGAACGAGAUUUUAAAGCUCAUUAUUUACUUAUUUAAAGUUUUAGAUAUAAAUCUAUCAAAUCGGUCCUAAAAUUUGUUCAGUAUUCUCUAAAUGCAGGGAAACACGUUAAAUGCAUUUUAUAAAAUGGACUUCUGAUGGAAAACCCUGUAGUUUUUUAAUUAACGUAAAUAAUUGUAACAGUAAAAUAAUUUAGUAUUUAUUAAUAAACAGAUUUUUUUUUAUUAUUACACUGUAUAAUUUUAUAUCAUUUGCUUUCAAUGUUUCGUCCAUAAAACCUCACUCUGUAUGUUUACAAUCGACGCGGUUUCAAAAAAAGUUUUGUAUAAUAAUAAAUUUGAUGAUACAGAUCGUUCCAUGACUGUUUUUCUACGCUGUAUCUCAAAAAUAUUUUGUUAAAUGGUACAAAAUUAAAUUCCUCUUCUUUUUAUAUACAUAUAUAUAAUAUAAACAUUAAAUAAAAAACCGUUUAAAAAUAACAAGUUUAUUUUUUAACCCUAUAAAAAAUCUAACUUUUCUUCCUAACACCGCCCCUGUUGAUGUACUAUACAAGUUUCUUUCUUUAUAUAUCUGUGGUGGACUAUUUUCAUGGUAAAGUCUAUUUCUAAUCAUCGUUAUCAUAUUUAUAUCAUGGUAAGGUAAAUCUAAAUAAUAUUCAUAGUAUAUAAACGGAGAGUCAUAAUUAAUACAACCCUGUAACUUAUUAAAAAAAGUUAGAUCAAGAUACUAAUUUAUUUUAACUUAUGACUCUCCCUGUAUUCAUCGAAAUAUAUAGCUCACAUAUGGUAUAACAAAAUUUGUGUUGAAAAUGGUAUUACCAUUUAAUAAAAUUAAUCAAAUAUGUCUAUCAAUUACCUUGAUAAAUAAUAAACAGCAUUUUAUUAUAUAUAGAUCGAUCAAAUCAAUUAUAGAUUAUAACCCAACUUUUUGUUUAUUGUUAAAUAUACGUUAGUAGGCUUGCAUAUGUCAUAUGUGUAUAUUACAUGUGAAUAAAAAAAGGAUAGAUA